UAGGACAAGGGGCAAUGGAUGCAAGCUACAGGAAAAGCGAUUUCACCUAAACCUUAGGAAGAUCUUCCUCACAGUAGGAGCUGAUCAACAGUGGAAUAAGCUGCCUUGGAGAUUGGUAGAGUCUCCUUCAUUGGCGUUUCUGAAACAGAGGCUGGACACCAUCUGUCAGAUUCACCAUCUUGAGUAGCUCCUUUAAAUUUCAGACGGAAACCCAGAAUAGAUUUAGUUCCCACCUGACAUUGGAGCCACCAGCUGCCACUGACCUGAGCUAGAUCCAAAAAAAAUGAAGAUUGUUACAUGGAGUUAGAGAAAGUAGAGGACCUUUCCAGACUGGAAGAAGUCUGUGAAAGUUCUGUGUUGCUGUGCUUGAAGAAGAGAUUUCAUCGGAGUUUUAUUUAUACCUACGUUGGGCACAUCUUGAUCUGUGUCAAUCCAUUCAAGCCUCUCAGUUUUUAUUCAGAGGAGGUGAUGAUCCAGUACCAGAAAGGGAUGCUCUCCAGAAAUGCACCACACAUCUUUGCCAUCACAGAAAUGGCAUAUGCCUUUUCUCAGAGUUCAGAGAAAGAGCAAUGCAUUGUCAUCAGGUCUAAGGAAGAAUUCAGUUCAAACCUAUACAUACUUUCCUGGGAGUCCUGCAUUUUCCAUUGAACUGAAUGGGACUUACUCUUAUGUGUGGAGAGCUUGAAAACAUCAUAAUACUGUACACUGAGUAUUUUUUUUUAAAAAAAGGCUGAAUAUUCCAAUUAUUUUGAAGCAUAACAACAACAAUAAAUGCAUUAUUAUGUUGUAAUGAAAAAUGUUUUUCAAUUUUCAAUUUUUAAAAUUUUGUGCUGAUUUAAAUCAUUUACCAGUAGUUAAAGUAUAAAUGAAGAUAUCAUGAUGUAAAUAGAUUUUGUAGCACCUUUGAGACUAAUUGAAAGAAAGGAGUGUCAGAGUAUGCCAGUUUGCAUUGUAAGUUGUCACUGGAGACAGCUGUGGUAAAUGGCAGGUGUAACCAUGUUAGGUAAGCCUGCAUUGUAAAUUAGCCAAUCAGCAGACUAUAACUCCUAUAGGAGUCUGUUUAGAGUUUAGGAGCAUAUUAGGUAAUGUGUGCUCU